AUGGACUACCGCGACGGCUUCAAGGUUGUGGUAAUGUCGGCCACUAUCAACCUUGAGAAGUUUACUCAGUACUUCAACACCCAGAACGGCUUUCGGGUCCUUGCGCCUGACGAAGUGGCCGACAAGAUCCUUCAACUGAAGGAUCUAGGCGUCGACGAAGUGGCGCGGUUCUAUUCCAUCGACCCGCCAAUGCCAGAGGCUUACUUCCGCGGGCUCGAAGAGCUGAGAGCAGCAACAGCCAUCAUCGCCAAGCCCUCUGACCUCACUGCCGAGGAGAACGGUACAGCCAUGGACCUUCUCCGGGCGUGGGCUCGUUCCUUCGGAGGCGGUAUCCGACCCUCCCUCACCCUGACUUUUGUCAGGGUCCCAACCAAGCCUCGCGACACGGCCCUCGAGGACUCGGCGAUUGAGGUUGGCAUUGUUAGCGUCAACGCUUUCAACAGUCGCAGAAUCGAGCGCGGCGAACCCGAAACAGUCCAGCCCCACCAACCCUACGACGGUCAAACGGCCUAUCUUGGCCUUACCCUUAACCUCGACAAUGAAGUGAUCACCUGGUACAACAAGAGGGAGGGUGGAAAAUGGGCCAGUCCCACCAUGGUUGAGUACACCGUUUUCCAGGAUAAGGCUAGCAGCGCCUUGCUUACUUGUGUGAACAACUAUGAUAGCAGCCAUCGAAGAGCUGAGAGCAACGUCGAACUUCUUGGGGGCCACCUUCUACCAAUGGGACAGCACCGAGAGAAGGCUAUCAAACCCCGAAGAAUCAGCUAA